CUUUCUGUCAAAAAAAAAAACAAAUAUCCCCAUUUGCAACCUCUAAAGUGAGGCACUGCGCGCGUCUUACGAAAAAGAAUACGGUUGGGAAGACCAAAGCAAAACUCUCAUUAGUAAGAUGAUCAGUUUGACUCAAGGUAGGAAUUUUUUCAGUGUCAACUUCUGUUAGUAAUAAUAGAAUGUCUACUCAUACAACAACAGAGUAAUUUUCUUAAUAUUUUAGCUCAUCUGGUAGGAGGUUUGGAAUUCUCCGAAAGCAAAGCUUUGUACUUGCCUGUUAUCCUUGGAAAUAAUUAUAGAGUAGAAAACAACGUUUGAUGCUCGGCUUUUUUAUCUCAGAAAAAGAUAACCUAGGAAAGCUUUUGGGAAAUUGUAUGGUAUAUACAAAAUUGUGUGAGAAUUAUCGCUGCCAGUAUAGUCCCCUUAAAUAAUCGGUGAAGCAACUAAAUAUGAGUGAAAUGUAGUUUUGAUACUGGAAUGACAAAUAUGUGUUCAUGUUUUCUUUUGGUAGAUUCUCCUAUAACUUGCCAGAGCUCAACAAGAAGAACACUACUGACUCAACAAACGGAAGUCAUGACUUGGCGUCUUUCAGGUACCGUACCCAUCGUAAUAAAAAUAGACAGUGUUACAUUUCAAAAGGCAAGAAGCAGGGAUCCUGUGCAACAAGAGGAAGCCAAGCGGCUUAUAAUGAGGGAGAUGACAAAAUGCUUUCUUGAGACACAUGCAUCUCAAGUCCCGGUUGAGAACUACCCUCUUUGCCUUGAUUACUAUUUAAAAGGAGUUCUCGACUUAAUAGUAAGAGAGGCAAUCGAGGGAAGUUUGCUGAUAAAAGUGGAGUGCAGGACUCUGGAAAUUCUCGAACGUCUGUGGGCAGACUACCGUUCUGGGAACUUGAAUGCAGAAGCCGAAGAACGCCUUUUGACAGAUGACAUAAAGAAACGAUUUAAUGUGGAAUCCAUUAAGCUGGAAACAACAAUUUUGGAAAAAGAUUACUUAGCUUGCAAACUGUUCCUAAUGGACAAGUCAAAAGUGAACCAGUACUCAUCAUUGAAAGAAGAUGAAUCACUGCCCCACGACCAUACUGACCAAGCCGCUGAUGAGACUCAGACUCAAACCGCUGAAAAGGCUGAACCAAUGACAGUGCGCUUUGCAGUUAAUUACAGAGGCAACGUUCAAUACAAACAGUCAGAUAAUGGUGUUCACGAAGAAGAAGAAGAAGAAGAAGAAGAAGAAGAAGAAGAAGAAGAAGAAGGAAAAGAAAGUCAACAACUACUGUCUGAAGAAGAAACAAGUGAUGUUCCAGUUGAUGAACUACCUCAGUACUUUCAGCAUCUAAAACUAAUUCACGACUCAACGCCAACAGAAGGAAGUGAGAAUAGUUUACGGUUAGCAGUGAAGUGCAACAAUCUAGAAGGACUGGAACGCCUGUGGGAAGACUAUCGUUCUGGGCGCUUAAAUAAAAUAGCGGAGAAAUACCUCGUGACAGAUGAAAUUAAGAGGAGAUUUCAUGUGGAGUCUGUAAAUUUAGCAACAGCUAUUCAAGAAGAAGAUUACUUGGCAUGCAAAGAGUUUCUGUCGAGCAAACCAAAAAGCAAUGCUAGCUCACCCGUAAAGGCUACUAGGGAAACUUCGACUCAAACUUCUACGGAAACGCAGACCCAGAUUGCUGUCAAACGUGGCCCUCUGACUUUAGACGAAAUUCAGAUUCAACCUGCUGAGGAAUGCCAGGGUCAGAUGGUUGACGAAAGUGAGAUCUUCGUUUCAGGGAAUACUCACAUUCCAUCUACGAACGAAACUCGUACUUUGACUGUGGAAGGCACAGAGACCCAAGUUACUUCAGAAGCUCAGACUCCAUCGGCUGAGAAAACUAGGACGAGGACUGGGGAAGCUACAGAAACUGGGACAAGAGCUGCGGAAGCUAGAGGAACUCAAGCUACUGGCGUGAGCCAGAUUCCAUCUGCUGGAAAAACUCAGACCCAGGCUACUACUGAAAGUACGAACCUUGCUAGAGACGAAACUCAGAUUCAACCUUCCGCAGAAACCUACACCCUUACAAAGACUGCUGGGAACGAGUACACCCUGGCUACAGAAGAUUUUUAUGUCGAAUUUCCCGAGACAAACGGGACUAAAACUACGGAAGAAAGUAAGCCCUCAAUUUUGAAAGGUAAAGAUAUUUCUUUUUAUUAGAUUAAGAAAAAAUUACCAUUUAUUAUCGACCUUGUUACCAGCGUCAAAGGAAUCGUUUUCUCCUCAUUUUGAGUGUGCGUUCAAUAACACGUACACGAACUCAAAAAGUGGUUGCGUUUUUCGCUGCCAUCCUAGGGCACCUUUCAGAUAACGGACUCAAAAGGUAACGUUUGGCAAAUUUCGAUCCAUUUUGGUGUUUGUUUUUAAGGUUUGAUUAAAGUCGUCGUAAUUACGAUAAACGGGCAGCGAGAAGUGCAACCGUUAGUUAAGUUUGGAACUUCGGGGUUCGCGAUUUUUUGAAAGGGUUGUCUACUCCCGUAAUUUAAGUUUCAAUAGCGAAAAUACAUCAGACAAUCAAUACUUUGCCGGUUUUUAUCAAAUUGUCUCGGACCCACUAAAAAUUCUCCGUUGUAAGAUUUGAUUAAAAAAGAUCUCUCAUGCUUAAUAUAUUACAUAACUAUCAUAGCAUAUACUAUAAUAACUCAGUCAG